AUGUUUAUUCAAUUCUCUUUUAUUUCUUUAGUUGAAGCAGAUCUAUGUUGUGUUGUUCACGAUGCUUGUUAUAUGGAUGAAACACGCAAUCGCCAAAUAUGCGACGAACAAUUUUGUCAUUGUUUGGAAAGAACAGUUGCUCGUUCACAAAAUUCUAACGGAAACAACAAAACUGUUGAAAUAAAAGAAAAUGGAUGUUUGGAUGUUAGCAGCACUUUUUGCCAUAUUGUUAAUAUAUUUGGGGGUGUUGCUUAUGCUUCUUCUGUUGAUUUAGUUAAUAAACAAAAAGCGGCGAUGGAAGUAUGGGAAAAACAAGAAGCUGAAAAGAAGAAAAAAGCAAAAGAAUUAAUUGAGGCUGAGAAGAAAAAUAAAAGUAGUAAAAAUGUUGGGGAGGAGGCGAAAAAUAAGGGUGAGACAAAGGAAAUAAGCAAAAAUGAAAAGAGUGCAGUUAUUCAUAAAUUCCCAUUGAAGGAUUGUUCGGAUAAACGACUCGUAGAUUGUAGUGUUCAAUUACAAUCCUGUACCAACAAUUUACAAAACAAAAAAUUGGGAGAAGGGAAUAUCGAAGCUAACGGAAAUUCUUUUGCUUUAUUAUUAAGUGCCAAAUUGGCAGAAUGCACAAACCAAUUUUGUAAAUGUUCUUCUACAAAAUUAUUAACAAAAAUUGAACAAAAUGACAAAGAAUGUGUUAAUAAUUUGGCUAACAUUUGUGCUCAAUUUUCUGAUGAUUUUGGGGGGAUUUUGGAACAAAAUUUUGAAAAAACAAAAUCUACUUAUCUGAGUCUCUGGUCAGUUAAUCUAAAUCACCAAAAUAAUCAAAAUAGUGUUGGAUUGACUGUUAUGUGUACAUUACUUGCGCUGCUCGUCAUCACAAUUUUCCUUUACAUUUUAACAAAAAUAAUUAAUUUAAUUAAAAAACGUUUUGGAGAAAAAUCAAAUAAUAAACACAAAGAUUAUUUAAAAGCUAAAAUUCGUCGAAAUACUUUAACUAAUGCUUUGAGACAUGUUGGAGGUGUUGGGGGUGAUGAUAAUGAUGAUGAGGAUUUUGAAAGUCGGGGAGGGAAAGGUGGACCUCAUUAUAUCUCUUUGAGUAACCAAAAGAAGCCUUCCACCGUCUCCAGUCCAACCGACAGUGUCGCUACCAGCCAACAAUUAUUAAUUUCUUGCCACAAAAAAACAAAUUCUGAAGCUUUACAAGACACCAAAAAACCUUCAAAAACCCUCAAUAAACCAACAAAUUUAUUACUAACAAGUUGUAAUUCUACAAACACCAAUUUAAUAAAUAAUUCAUCUAGCCAAACACAAUUAAUUGGGGAAGGAACGAAUAAUAACAGCAACGCAAAUUCGAGUAGCACUUUGUCGGAUAUUUCUAUUAGUGCUUAA